GGCGGCGGCGGCGGCAGUAGCGGCAGCGGCGACGGCGGCGGCGGCAGCGCUCCAGCUCCUCCUCGCUCCGGGCUCCGCCGUCGAGCCGGGAGAGCGCCUCCGCCCGCGGCCAGGCACCGGGCCGGACCACGCCAGCGACCCGGGCCCCUCGGCGGCACUGAGCGCACCCAGGGGCGGCACCGGCACCCAGAGCCGAACUCCAAGAUGGGAGGCAAGCUGAGCAAGAAGAAGAAGGGCUACAAUGUGAACGACGAGAAAGCCAAGGACAAGGACAAGAAGGCUGAGGGCGCGGGCACCGAGGAGGAGGGGACCCCGAAGGAGAGCGAGCCCCAGGCGGCCUCCGAACCCGCGGAGGCCAAGGAGCCGGCGGCCGAGGAGAAGGCGGCCCAGGGCGCGGCGGACGCCGAGGCCAAGGCGCCCGAGCCCGAGGGCGACGCGGCGGCCAAGGCCCAGGAGGAGGCGCCCAAGGCGGAGCCCGAGAAGACGGAGGGCGCGGCGGAGGCGCCGCCCGAGCCGGCCGCGGCGCCCGAGCCGGAGGCGGCGGGCUCCGGCUCCGCUCCCGGGGCCGCUCCCGGUCCCGCUGCGGGCGGCGAGGCCCCCAAGGCCGGCGGCGGCGGCGGCGGCGGCGAGGCGGGCGCGGAGAGCCCGGCGCCCGCGCCCGGGGAGGGCGCCGCCAAGGAGGAAGGGGAACCCAAAAAGACUGAGGCUCCGGCGGCCGCGCCGGCAGCCCAGGAAACGAAAAGCGACGGGGCCCCCGCGUCAGACUCUAAACCCAGCGGCGCCGACGCCGCCCCCGCCCCCAAGGAGCCCCCCGCAGCCACCGAAGCGCCCAGUUCCACAGCCAAGGCGCCGGCGCCCGCGCCCCCCGCGCCCGAGGAGCCCAAGGCCGCCGACGCGCCCGCCGCCAGCGCCGAGCAAAGCGUGGCGGUGAAGGAGUGACCGGGACAGCCUGGGGUCCGCC